GCCUUGUCAUCACCUGAAGCUUUCGUCUUCUUCGUUAAUUCAUUUCUUGGUGAUCAUAGUCCAAGCAAGUUAGCGAGGAUGGCGAUGCAGAUGAUCGAGAGCUACAAGGCUGGGGCCGAGGUUUAUCAUGGAGAUCAUGCCCUCUGCAAAAAGAAAUCCAUGCAACUACUACAAGAACUGGGCCUUCCUAAAGGACUGCUACCCCUGGAGGACGUCGAGGAGUUCGGCUACCACCGCGCAAGUGGAUUCAUGUGGAUCGUCCAGAAGAAGAAGAUAGAACACACAUUCAAGAAGAUCAAGCAGCAUGUCUCCUAUGCCACCGAGGUCACUGCCUUCUUGGAGCAGCGCAAGAUGAAGAAGAUCAUAGGUGUGAAGACUAAGGAGCUACUUCUCUGGCUCUCUGUCGUCGAAGUCUUCAUGGACGAUCCCUCUUCUGAUAAGAUCACCUUCAAGACUGGCACCGGGUUCUCUGAUAGCUUCCCGGUGUCUGCGUUCGAUCUGGAAAAGUAGAAGAAGAGCAAAAAUUUAGCAAGACUACAUAUAUGUUCCUUAGUUGUCUUUCAUCUUCUGUGUGUACACUAAAUAGUCGUCCUAGUCUUCAAUGUCUCCAUUGUUUGAUUAAUGUAGCUGACGUCUAUGUUACUAGAGUUCAAUACAUCAAUAAUGGAAUCAUAAGUUAUAUUA